CCGCCCCGCUGCGCAGGCGCUGCUGCUGCCGGCGGCCCGUCCGCGGUACGGUACGGUACGGUACGGUACGGUACGGUACGGUACGGAGCGGAGCGGAGCGGCACCGGUCCCGGAGAGCAGCGGCGGUGCCGCCCCGUGUGCGCAGCCAUGAAGAUCUGGACCUCGGAGCACGUGUUUGACCACCCCUGGGAAACGGUAACAACAGCCGCCAUGCAGAAAUACCCGAACCCCAUGAACCCCAGCGUGGUGGGAGUGGACGUCCUGCACAGACACAUUGACAGCAAUGGGAAGCUGCACAGCCACAGACUGCUCAGCACCGAGUGGGGAAUCCCAUCCAUCGUGAAAUCGCUCAUUGGCACGAGCAGAACGAAGACGUAUGUACAGGAGCACUCCAUCGUUGACCCGCUGAGAAAAACAAUGGAGCUGAACUCCAGUAACAUUUCAUUUACAAACCUGGUGUCAGUAGAUGAGAGGCUGGUCUACAAACCACACCCUCAUGAACCAGACAAAACCGUUUUGACACAAGAAGCAAUAAUUUCUGUGAAAGGCGUCAGUCUCAGCAGUUACCUGGAGGGAUUAAUGGCAAACACCAUUUCCUCCAACGCUAAUAAAGGCCGUGAAGCAUUGGAAUGGGUAAUUAAUAGACUCAACGCUGAAAUUGAGGAGUUCAAAGCUACAGCAAGAGGAACGAUGAGGAAUUCAAUGGCGGCAGCAGCAUUUGUAGAGAAAUGAUAGUAAAUUAUAUUAGUGUUAUUAACAAGGUUUAGCAAUCUUAAAGCUUCUCUCCAAAAAUAAAUAUAUAUAUUUGUUAUUUAAGGUCAUACCUAUGUAUUAGGUAUGUUCCAAAUUUAAUUUGGAGAAAAGCUAAGCUCUUACUAAUGAGGCUGAUUGGCAAAACUUAAUUAAUAUAUUGGUUCAGCUGGACCGAACUUCAGUUGCAGAUGAUGGAAUAAUUUUCAAGCGUAGUUCCUGUAUUUACAUGAACACCAACCUGACUUAAAUCCUUUCAGACGUGAAAUGGCCUCUAGAGAUGAGGCUGCAUGUGUUGGAGGACACUGGCAUGUUUGGUUGACUUCUGUGGAACUUUUGUUCUUGUGACUCUGGACUACCUCCUGGGACCAAGCCCAAAAUUAAGCAGAAUGGUUUCUUCCAGCAUUGUCCUAUUAGUUAAGUAUUGACAGUUGUACGAUACAACUUGGUUUAACAGAAACUUUAUUACUUGAAGCUUGAAAAACAAAAGAAUGUAGAAGAUAUUUUUGAUAUGCUUUUUAAGUAGCUUGACUAGUUGAGCUAACCUGGUACAACACUCUUAUUCAUUCACUAUAGGUAAAACUUUCUGAGGUGUCUCUUGUCUGUUAACACCUGAAUUCUGUUCCUAAGUUUGGCGCUGCUGGGCUGGGCAGACAGAAAUGAGAUCAAAGUUAACCUGAUGGAAUAACUCCAUUUCUAAGAGCCCAUUAAAUAAAGGGGUACAAUAUGCACAGAGCCUUAAAGCUUCAUAAGCUGCUGGCACUUCUGACAGUAGUAACUGUUCACUCCAGAAUUUCAAAGAAUCAUGUAAAGGACUAAAAAAUAUUGCUGAAGCUGGAUAGAAAGAUAGCUGAACAUAAAAGGAAGUAAUAUUAAGAAUACUAACGAUAUACUCAUUAACUUGAUCAUGCUUUGGAUGUAACUUGUUAUACAUUUUGUUGUCCUUUAAAUUCAACACAGUGUUCUAAAUUCCACGAAGGUCCUUUACAUUUUAGGCAUAUUUGCUCACAAAACGAGGCUCUUUAAAUGAAAACCUCAAGUUUUCUACACUUUUGUUUCCUGGUACUUAGUACAGCUUCUUGGUACUGCCCUCAGUGAUUCACUGUGGGAACUUCAAGCUCAAACCCUGACAUCCAUACUUAAAUAGUUUGCUGGUAGUCCUGUUGGCUUCAGCAGAGAUUGCCUGUCCCAUCUGACUCCUUCAGGGUAAAGAAAUAAUGGGAAAAUACAGCCCUGAGUCAGCUUGACCUUCGUUCUGAUGCCAGAGACAUUUCCUACAGCUUUGGUUCUAAGCUUCCAAGUAAUCUCCAGACACUCGUAGCCUUCAAGAACUGCACUGUCACCUCUUCCAGUGUAUUUUCUAUUGCAUGCCAUUUCUGUUAUAUGGAACUGCCCAUUGAAUAGCAUCUGCUAUCUAAACAGCUUAUUUUAAGUGGGAAGCUUAGAGGGGGAAAAUAAUGAAUAGGGGGGAAAAAAAGAGCUGUAUAUAUGCACCUUUUAAAAGUGUAACUAAUCUAAAUAUUUUUCUAAAAGAAACGAUUUGAAAAUACCUUUAUAAACAAAAGAUUGGGGUUUGUUGUGCUUUUAGAUUAUUGCAGCUGAAAUAAAUAAAUAGCAUUUCAACUGCAGUGCAUUUGAAACAUCUGCAAAGCUGUACUGUAACUUCUGAUUGACAAAUGCAGUGCUUGAAAGUGACUUCAGACGUUUGUUCAGCCUUCAGCAUCACUUGCCAUUUUAAAGUCAGUUUGAUCUUUUCCUAAUCGAGGGCCUAUGCAGUAUGAAUUCAGUUUGUCCUUGCACUGAAAAGCCUUUGUGAAAGAUGAUGCUUUUCUUUGUUGUAUUUUAUUUAUAUGCCUGCACUCUCAUUAUUCCAAGGGAUAUUGCGUUUUUAAAUAAAACAUCAUGUGAGUUCU